CAGCUGGCCAAUAACCAGAUCCAGGAGGCUGCCACACACACAUUCCCAGCGCCGCGAAGUGAUCGCGAGCGAGCGAGCGAGCAUGGCCCAGCAAAGCGUCAAGCGCAAGGCGUCGCAGAGCAUACCGGCGCACAGCGAGCCGCGCACGGAGAAGCAGCCGAACGUCAUCGAGAGCCACUUGGUGACGUCGGCGACGCGGGUGCCGCCGCUGCACGACCCGAACCAGAUCCUGAACGGUGGCGAGGACCCACUGGCGCGCAGCAUGUCGAUCAUGAGCAUCGCGAGCUUGGACUCGAUGAACGACGACUACUGCAACGAGAUGUCGAUGCACAGCGAGCUGAGCAUGGUCUCUCACUUUGACAGCGAGCGCUCGAUGACGGGUUUCAUCAGCGAGCACAGCGGCAUCUUCAACAGCGACCGGUCCAGCCUCCUCGCGCCGCCCGACCUCAUCUUUGACACGCCCAUGAUGCCCAAGGAGGAGCGGCCGGCGCAGCCCGAGGAAGAGCGCCAGUACUACGAGCAGAUUUGGUCCACAAACUUUCAAAAGUCGACGGCGCUGCCGCCCGUCGUGCCCGACACGGCGUACAUCCCGCAGGGCGAGCAGGGCCAGCUCGUGCGCAUCUCGGGGCACUCGCUCGCAUCCGGGAGCACCAACAUGAACUCGUCAACCAAGCAACCCUACGUCAUCUUCCGCCUCGAAGUCGAGUGCCAAGCCAACGGCAAGCGCUGGACCGUGUACCGAAGAUACCACGAUUUCCGUGAGCUCAGCAGCCAGCUCAAGAGCCAGGGCUUUCGCAUUCCCGCACUGCCGUCGCGCCGCUUUGGCAUUCGGCGGUCGUUCGACACGCUCUUCCUCCGGAAACGGCAGUCGGACCUUGAAAAGUGGCUCAAGGAGCUCCUCGUGCCGCCUGCGCGGCCCACGACCGCGCCGCGCCUCGGCAUGUCGCACUUUGUUCGCACGUUCUUGACCAAAGAUGCGAACCAGCCGCCGGCGCUCGAGACAGGCUCCCACGCGUUCAGCUACUCGGACCCGGACCAGCGCCCGUCGGCGUCCAUGGCGUCGAUGCUGCAAGCGUCGUCGCAGGGCCACUCGAGCCGGCGGACAGCCGCCGACUUUAUGGCGCACUCGCGCCUGAGCGACGGCGGCGCGAGCCACAACAGCAAGAUUUCGGCGCUCUUCCUCAACCGCACGGAACCCGGAAAGCAGUCGAGUAAGCCCAAGGCCAAGCUCGAGCGCACCAACUCGGACCCGCGGCUGCAGCUCGAGCGCGCUCCGAGCUUGGAGCAGCUUGUGGCCAAGCCGACAACCGACGACUUUGAGCCAUUGCGCUUCAUUGGGAAAGGGUCGUUUGGCCGCGUCCUCCUCGUGCGCAAGAAGGCGCAGGGCGAGCUCUUUGCGAUGAAGAUCCUCACCAAGCAAGAUGUCGUCAAGAAAGCUCAAGUCGAACACACGCGCACAGAGCGCAGCGUGCUCGGGUCCAUCGACCACCCGUUCAUCGUUCGCCUCCACUAUGCCUUUCAGACGACGCACCAGCUCUACUUUAUCUUGGACUACUGCCCUGGCGGCGACCUCUUCUUCCACCUCACGCGCAUCAAGUGCUUUCCAGAGUCGAUUGCGCGCUUCUACGCGGCCGAGAUCACGCUCGCCUUGAUCCACUUGCACGAGAAAGGCAUCGUGUACCGCGACCUCAAGCCCGAAAACAUCAUGCUCGACGUCCACGGCCACGUCAAGCUCGCCGACUUUGGCCUUGCGAAGACCGGCAUCACUGGCCGCCUCGACGGUACCAACACGCUCUGCGGCACGCCCGAGUACCUCCCGCCCGAGAUCCUCAACAAGAAGGGCCACGGCACGGCCGUCGACUGGUGGAAUCUCGGGAUGGUGCUCUACGAACUGCUCACGGGCCGCCCGCCGUGGUAUACGACCGACCGCGAGACCUUGUACCAGCGACUUCGGUCGUCGCCGCUCGAGUUUCCCGCCGGGCUCAGCGUCGAGGCCAUGGACCUCAUCGCGGGUCUUCUCGAGCGCGACCCGUCGCAGCGGUUGCGCGCCACGGAGGUGCUCGUGCACCCGUUCUUCCAGGACGUGGCGUGGGAAGCGCUUCUGAAUCGAGAGGUCGAGCCCGAGUUCCGGCCGUGUCAAUACACCGAUCCUCUCGAUGCAGUCAACUUUGAAGACGACUUUACGCGCCUCCCCGUGCUCGACGCCAUGGACGACGUAAGCGGCGUGGCCGUCGUGACGCCCAGUGCCCGAAGCAGCGUCUCGGCGCGCACCAACUCGUGCCGGACCAUGUCCUACACGUUUCAGGGCUUCACGUACGACGGCGACGGCCUCGACGACAACUACGACAUGUCGACGCCGCCCUCGCUCUAAUAGAACCCAUCAACUAUACUCUUAUUUGCCAC